UAUUGACGUUGGUCAAAACUGCGCAACGUGUUUGCCUGUGCCGGUUGAGCUAUUGUUUUUGGGGGGCAUAACUGUUUCAUCGUGCGAAUCGUCACCUUGCUUGAGUGUUUGCAAUAAUAUUUACUUCUGUGGAAGCACGGUAGAACUGACGGGCUGAGCGCCAAUUAUGAGAUACACAAUGCAGUUCGCCAGAGUUCAAGCCCUGAAGCUAACACCGUUUUUUAUAAGUUUGGCGCUUUAUUUUUCGCUGGUGCGUAAAGAUCCAGAGGGGGAAGUAUGGACAACUGUGCUGAAGUGCUUGCCCAUUGUGGCAUUGAUGUUUUAUGUUUUGGCCAAAGGAUUUUCGCUCAAUAAGCACUUCCGCCGUUCUCAAUUGAUUUUACUCGGCUUAGUGUUUUCCUGCGGCGGUGAUGCCUUGCUCAAUGUUAAUUUAUUUCCCUUUGGCAUGGUCUCCUUUGGCGUGGCGCAUAUCUUCUACAUUAGCGCUUUCGGCUGGCAUCCACUCAAGUGGGUUAUUGGAGUAUGUCUUUAUGUGCCGGUAACAGUUUUUGUCAUCUUAGUGCACAAGCACUUGGAUGAGAUACUAAUAGUCGGCGUGCCCAUUUAUUGUGUGCUAAUUACCACCAUGUUGUGGCGCUCCUUGGCUCGGGCUGUGGAGGUAAAAAGGUUCCUGGCAAUCUUCUGUGCUGUCGGCGCUGUUCUGUUUGUUAUAUCCGAUGCGCUUAUUGCCGUGACCAUGUUCCUGAGCGUACAACUGCCAUCACCACGGCUGCAAAUUAUGAUAACCUAUUAUGCUGCCCAGUUUGCCAUUGCGUUGAGCACUGCCGAUGAUGGACCAUCGCCGCCCUGUAGGAAUAAAAACAAAUAAUGCAGCUAAUUGCUCAAUUAAUGUCCAUAACGCAACCACCAAAAUAUGUACUUCCAAAAUAUUAGUGUAAUAGUGUAAAAUUAAUGCCAUUUAGUUGUGAUAGUAAAUGUUCGUUGGAAAUAAAUACCCA